UUGGGAUAACAGGCACUUCCAGUCCCUGAGCAUAAAGUCAGUAGUAAGGUACCAGAGACAUGCAGCACCUCUUGUUUUUGCUGUCAAUAUCUUUAUUUUUGUACCAGAUCCAUGACAUAGGUGCAGAUGGCUGUGGCCCUUGUGUCAGGGAUGCCUGCAGAUCUGUCACCUGUGCAGUUCCUGAGCUGCUCACCAAAGAUGAUUGUAACUGCUGUGACCGGUGCCUCAGCAUAGAAGGAGAGGAAUGUGGUGGACGAGAUGAGACCAGAGCCCGGUGUGCUCCUGGCAUGGUCUGCGUGAGUCGGUCCAGUUUUAGAAGUGGAACUUCCUCAUUUUCUGAUGGAACAGGAUUUUGCUUGUGUGAAGAGGAUGGUGCUGUAUGUGGCUCUGAUGGAAGGACCCAUUCAAGUGUGUGCGCCCUACGUCUGCAGAGCUGGAAGACACAAAACCUAGGCAAAGGUUCUGUCCACAAGGUCCAUGAUGGCGAGUGCACAUUUGCUCCUGUGAUUACUGUGGCACCUAAAAAGAUUCACAAUGUGACUGGAGCCCAGGUUUAUUUAUCUUGUGAGGUAAAGGCAAUUCCAACUCCAAGCAUCUCCUGGAGAAAGGUUACGGAGUCUCAAAAGGGAAUAAGGCUGUUUGAAGAGCUUCCUGGAGACAGAGUCAAUGUUGCUGUUCAAGUUCGUGGUGGACCCUCUCGUCAUGAAAGCUCUAGUUGGGUUAUGAUAAAGCCAUUGACAAAAGAAGAUGAAGGAAAUUACCAGUGCCAUGCAGCUAAUAUGGUUGGAGAUGCCUUUGCUGAAGGGUCAAUCAAAGUUUCAGAACAUAGCAUACGCAGGAUGAAGAAGAACCAUCAUUCUAGCUCUGAGGUCAUUGUUUAAUCAGGCUUGAAGAGCAUUGGGUUUUUACAACAUUUUAAUUGCUUCAUUAUGUGUAAGACAUGUAGAAAUAGUUUUAUAUUGUUGUUCUGAUGUUUUUGUACAAUCUUUUAAAUAGAAAAAUGAGUUUAAUAAAAUUUCAUUACUAAAAACCAUUGGUGUAAAGAGGAGAAAAUAGUGGAUAAAAUAAAAAACUAGUGUUGGGCGCGAAUAUUCUAAUCGCGAAUGUUAAUCGCG